AUGUCGUACGUACCACUUCUCGCGGUCAUCCCAAUCCUGAUGGUCGACGGCCUCAUUGAGGUUGGAUUCGUCGGAUCAAUGGUCGGAUUUCUGCACGACCGGGCGGGCAAAUUCUUCACCAUCGACGCACCGAACGGGACGUUCGACCUCCAUGGAAAACCCGUGGGACUUCUCGGCGACCAGGGACAUACGAGCAAUGGAGCAGCAGGCACAGCUGUUGUCCUGGUUGGCAUUCUAGGCCUAUUGACCAUUUUCUACGAGAAACGAAGGGCAAGAAAACCACAGACCACCGCCGCGGGCCACUCCGGCCUCUUCAUCUUCUGGGUGGUGAUGACGGUGCUAUCCGCGAUGCUCACGCUGGCCGCACUGAUCUACACGUUCAUCCUGACCGCACAGACGGACGACCAAACGAUCGAUCUCGCGGUAGCAGCCGCAAACGCCCAGCCACUGGCGUAUCCGCUGGACAAAUGGACGCCUGAGAACUGGUUCACCGCCGUGCUGGAGCUGCCGCUGGCGCACGACAGCGACCGACGCAAGAUCAACCAGCAGCUCCGCCUGAUGCGCGGCUGGCGAUGGAAUCUCAUCCCCCUGCUCAGCCUCGGUGUCACGGUCGCCAUCCUCGCCGUCAUCCAGUUGCUGCGUGGCAGGCGCUGGCGAGAGGGCGAUAGUCGCGAGAAACUCCGCCAUUCGACUCAGAGUGGCUACUGA